AUGGGAUACGGAGAAGAUAAAGGAAUUAUCCCCCUCACAUGUUGCGAGUUAUUUAAUAGAAUUAACCGUAAUCAAGAUACUAAUGUUACAUACCAAGUUCAAGUUUCUUAUAUUGAGAUUUACAACGAACGCGUUCGCGAUUUACUGAAUCCUAAGAAUAAAGAAAAUCUUAAAGUUAGAGAACAUCCUGCUCUUGGGCCAUAUGUUGAAGACUUAUCCAAGUUAAUCGUCAACUCGUUUGAAGACAUAGAAAAUUUGAUGGACGAGGGUAAUAAGGCAAGAACUGUGGCUGCAACAAACAUGAACGCAACUUCAAGUCGUUCGCAUGCCGUAUUUACAUUAUUACUAACUCAGAAACGGCACGAUGAAGAGACUAAAAUGGAUGCCGAAAAAGUUCUUGUGGAUUUAGCCGGUUCGGAACGUGCUAAUGCUACAGGUGCAACUGGACAACGUCUAAAAGAAGGUGCUAACAUUAAUAAAUCAUUAACUACUCUGGGUAAAGUCAUUGCAGCCUUGGCUCAACAGUCUAGUGGCGGUGGUGGUUCUAAAAAAGAUUCGUUCGUUCCUUAUAGAGACUCUGUCUUGACGUGGUUACUUAAAGACAGUUUGGGAGGUAACUCCAAAACAGCUAUGAUCGCCGCCAUUUCACCAGCAGACUAUGAUGAAACACUCAGUACUCUUCGUUAUGCUGAUGCCGCAAAAAAAAUCAAAAACAAGGCUGUUGUUAAUGAAGAUCCUAAUGCGAGACUCAUUCGUGAGCUUAAAGAAGAAUUACAAAUGUUACGAAGCAAAUUGGGUGUCGAACCAGGCGAAGUUUCUUAUGAUUCUGGUGUUCCUGACAGUAAACAAGUCAUCACAUUUAAAGAUCCGGAGGGUAACGUUAUUAAGAAAACAAAGGAAGAAUUAUUCGAGCAACUGCAAUCGUCAGAGAAGUUGAUGAAAGAAGUAAACGAAACUUGGCAGGAAAAGAUAAGGCGUACGGAAGAAAUUCAACUGGAACGAGAAAAAACAUUGGAAGAACUUGGAAUCAUGGUCGAAAAAAAUGCCGUUGGUGUACAUCCUCCUAAAAAGGUGCCACAUCUUGUCAAUCUCAAUGAAGAUCCUCUUAU